UUUAUUUUGUCGAUCUUAUCCUUAUCUUCUUCUUUGUUCUAUUUCUCCUUCUAACUAAUCUCAUCUCCCUCUCUUAACAUCAAAUCAAACCUAAUCGUUAUAGAUCUUCUUGAUUAAUUUUUCUCAAUAUCCUUCUUCAAUCACAGAUUCUUGAAAAUCUUUAGAGUUGUUCUUGAAAAUCUUUAGAGUUUCGUUCUUGAGUUAUGAAAUGAGAAUGGACAGAGUUAUGAAAUGAGAAACCUCAACCAAUUCUCACGAUUCCUAGUUUAUCAUUCCGUAUCCGUUGUGAUUCUUCAUUGGUUUUACGUUAUCUCUUGAUUCAUUAGGACAAAACAAAAAAGUUACAUGGCAAACGCAGAGAAGACAACAACAAGUUCAGGUUCCGACAUAGACGAGAAGAAAAGAAAACGCAAGUUAUCGAACCGCGAAUCAGCUAGGAGAUCGCGUUUGAAGAAACAGAAGCAAAUGGAAGACACGAUUCACGAGAUCUCGAGUCUUGAACGACGAAUCAAAGAGAACGGAGAGAGGUGUAAGGUUGUGAAAGAGAGGCUUGACUCGUUGGAAACGGAGAACGCUCUUCUUAGAUCGGAGAAAACGUGGCUUUCGAGUUACGUUUGCGAUUUAGAGAAUAUGAUCGCUACGACGACUUUGACCUUAACACAUAGCGGCGGCGGCGGCGGUUGCGAUGGCGAUGAGGAUGAGAACGCAAACGCGGAAAUAGCGGUUGGAGAUUGUAGACGACGUAGACCGUGGAAGUUGUUGAGCUGUGAUUCUUUACAACCAAUGGCGUCUUUCAAGACAUGAGAAUUUUGUGUACUAAAAUGUGUUUGUGUUUUUACUUUUUGUGGUCUUUUUUUUUCUAGUUUUGUAAUCUUUUUAUUAUAUCGAAUUGUUUCUUUCUUCUGAUCAUUAUUACAUUCUGAUACAAUUGGUUUU